UUGUUCUGGCAACGGAUCUUUGCAAUGUUCACACACGCCGCCACAGACCCGUUGGAUCGAUGGUUUCGCUUCGCGAAGCUUAACGGAUCUCGGGAAGCACAAGCCACCCCCACCACAACACCAGCUUCCACACACUCCUCCGCCCUCCUUCCUCACUCCCUCGCUCUGCCGCCAGUAGCUAGCACCGGGUGUGUACCAACAGCAGCUACCAGCAUCAUGACGAGACUUGCGGCAGCUCUACUGGUGUGUGCCACGCCCGUGGCUUCUCUGGAGACCUCUCUCAGGGGCGCAGAGGUUGCAGCGGCAGCGGGAGGGGCUCGUCGCGGGCUCUCGGGAAGUAGUUACGAGUCCUACGAGCACCUCGGCUGCUACGUCGACAACGGCAUGGUAAACUCAAGCCCUCACCUGCCGCUCGUGCUGGAUGCGAUGACGAACGAGUUGUGCUACGACCGUUGCCAUGAGCUCGGCGCGUUCUUCAUGGGGACCCAAAAGGGCAAUGAGUGCCGGUGUUCUCGCGAGGAGGACCUGGACUACUUUUCAUUCGAGUCCGGAGUCUGCGACGAACCUUGCGCCGGCGACUCGACCGAGACCUGUGGCGGCGAUCUCACUCUCGACUUGUACAAGCUGACGCCGGCGGACGAACCGGACCACGAGGAGUAUGAGGGCUGCUGGUCGGACUUAGGCGAGAGCCGUGUGAUGCAGGACAUGCUCGUCGACGAGAGCAUGACGACCGAUAUGUGCCGCGAUCACUGCGAGUCGUCGGACGCUGUGUACUACGCCACCCAGUACGGGAACGAGUGCUUCUGUGGGUACUCUAGCGACCCGGAGGACUACGAGACCCACGGGCCGGGCACCUGCCACAUGCACUGCGCGGGGGAUUCGGGGAGUGCUUGCGGUGGCUACUGGGCGUUCUCUCUCUUCAAGUUCGGGGCCGACGGUAUGCCAGAUCCCGCGGUGCCGGAUGUGUCCGAGCCGCCCUCGGAGCCCGCCCCAGAGCCGGUUGUCUCAACCCCGGCGCCCUCCAUGUCGGAGGCUGAGUCGAAGACCCCUAUCUCCGGCGGAGUAUACGGAACCACCUUCGAAGGCGACGGGACCUACUACACCGGGAUCUCGGCAGGCAACUGCGGGUUCUUCGAUGACUUCCCGAGCAUCUACAGCGGCAUGACCCCAGUGGCGCUCAACGCGGCGCAGUACGGCGACUCGCUCAUGUGCGGCUCGUGUGUGGAGGGUGAGGGCACCGGAGGAGGAGGUGGUGACAACCCGAUUGGCACCUUCAAGGGCUUCAUCAUGGACAAGUGCCCGGAGUGCCACGAGGGAGACCUGGACUUCGGGACCGGGCUGGACGGCCGCUGGGACAUCGAGUGGCGGUUCGUGGCCUGCCCCGGGGAGGAGGUCUCCUUCAAGGUCGUGGAGAUGACCCCGUACUACUGGAAGAUCCAGCCCCGCGGCACCGCAACCCCGGUCGAGUCGCUCACCAUCGGCGGCAGGGCGGCGGCGAGGACCGACGACAACCACUUCGAGCUGGAGCACCCGAGCGGUAACCCGUGGUACGAACCGCAGAUGGUGGUGACCACCACCGUGGGAGGCGUCGUCGAGGAGACGGAGAUGUCUGUCUAAGGGGAGGAGGGGAGGAGCGUGUUCUCUGGUAAGAAGCGCCGCCUCCCUUCUCCUUGUAGUAGUGGCUGGCUGGCACAACGAAGCUCAGUCCCCCACGUCUUUCACACCGUGCCGGCCAAACCCCAUAACUAUGGCUUCGUGCUGAGUUUUUUCAGCGGUGGACGGAAGCAUUUUUUAACAUUCGACCCAAACGAAUCCGGCUUGGCUGUUGAUCAUGCCUUGCAACGACGGGCUGAUGAUGCACAGAUGGGAAGGGCUGUGAAACGGACGCCGUGUAUCGGCAGCGGUGGGGCAGAGCGGGUUGCUUGCACGGUACACGUCGUAGGAAAUAGCACCAUCGCUGUACUUGAGAAAGUGUUUACAGUGUCUGUUGGUGUGUUGUUCCUUCCUGAGGGCGGGAUUAAUGGGAUACGUGUAUCUUACGACAUUGAGAUGUACUUUUUAACAAUUUUUGGAGUAUAGGAAAGGGAGGGGUCAGAAGGCCCUUUGAUGGUCGUGCACGCAGGCAUGGAUCAAAUGAGUUGUGAACGUCGAUCAGGUGCAAUGUUUCUAGUUAUAAUCAGGUUUGUUGGGUCUUUCCUGUCGGCGAUGCAGCACGAUGCGGUAAGUUUUUGCACCGCGUUUUCCCAAACCUGUAGCGUUGAGGGCAUAACAGGUUCUUGUGCGUUGUUUAAAUUUCUGCUGGUUUCAUCUGCUCGACCUGGCGGCGGAAAAUGAGAUGAGAGACGCGGCAGGGGAUGGGUUGAAACGAAUUUCAGAGAGCUUNUUGUGGGCGAUAGGGAGUCUGUAGAUUGGCUUGAGUUUUUGAAGGACAAGGAUCACACGUGCAUGCGUUGUUUGUGGACAAGUAUACAAACUCGAAGUAAGAUUUUGCUGACGUCGUCCGUCGGGUGGAGCGGAAUGCGUCGCGACUUCCCGAACGACGUGAUAUAUAUAUGGAUGUUUUUUGAAUGUUUCCAGUGACGACGGGUUAUAGAGCUAGUUAGGGUAGGUGAUGACGUGUAACCAGUCAAAUUGUCAUGCAUACGAAAAUGGUUUGUUGCUUGGUGCGGUGUGAGAUGAUCGAUGCGGCCUGUGGUUGAUUGCAUGGGGUGCUCGUGUGUAUCUUGAUGGUGAAAAUUUUUCGCUGUUGGUGCUGGGGCUGGCUGCUUGGAACUGGUUCGUGCUCAAAAGAGCAUGAAGAUGGGAGACGCGGAUGGAUUCAGUUGCAGUUGCGCUCGUGCUGCCACGGACCCAUGUCUUGUGAUGGCCGACCUGUUUUUGAUGGUAUAUCUUUGUUUUUGUGUCCUUGCAGUAUGCGUUUUUGUCUACUCUCGCGCUUACGCUCUUUUCAACGACUCGUGCGUGGCUUACGUCGUAUGUAUCUCGUGCUUUUUCACUGGUCCGUUAUGCUGUUGCAAAAAGCAAAUUUCUUCUGUUGGUCGCGGGUGGACGCUACUUGGUUUAUGCUUGUUGGUUGUUCUGUCUCGUCAUUGCCCACUCUCUUGUCGUUGAUCGCGUGCCGCUCUCGUGGCUCUUUUAUCGCUUACUUGAAUUCAAAUAUUUUGUUGAGUGGCCCGGAUAGGGGCGUUGUUUGUUUCGCUAAACGCUGUGUAAAGGUGUUUUGUGGUAAUAUAGUGGGUGGGGGGUGAUGUUCUCAGACAAGGCUGUCCGUCCGACUGUCUUUUCCACAGUCAGUAUCUCACCAGCCAGCAGCUGAAUUCCACCAUCUCGUCACCAAAUUAACCCAAGAACAAGCAAGACUUGCUCGACCU